CAAAACAAAAUUUAAUCGUUGACCGCGGGCUUUGAAAACAUUCGCAUGCACGUGUGAUGAAUGAUUCAAAAUUUAAAAUAAUUUAAUUUAAAACAAAACUGAUGUAGAUUUGCUGUUCGAAAUGGAUACCAGUGAUUUAUUCCGCAAGCUGACAUGUGGUGCAAAGUUUUCUUCCAAAAAUAAUCCAUCGCUGCUGAAGCGAAAGCGCACGGAAUCCACUCCGAAGGCCACGGAAGUCGAAUCACUUGCCGAGGUGAAGUUGGAGAUCAAAGAAGAGGAGGAAGGCGCCUCUGUAGCGGAUUCGGUUCCGCUGUUUUCGCACAGUCCGCUGGUGCUUAGCGAGGAUGAUAUCAAGGAGGAAAUUAAAAGCGAGGAUGACGAGGAGUUCACCGGUGAUGAUUCGGAACGUAAACGCGUUCGCCUGAUGUCACCGGAGAAACGUGAACGGUACCGUCAGUUCAAGGUGAAUCGAUUGCGCAAUUUGCAUCAGAUCAAGGUUAAGAAGGGGGCGAAGGUGACGGUUCCGGAUCCGAUUGAGCAGUUCCGUGAAUUGGCCGAGAAGUAUAAUGUGUCCAAUCAGUUGAUAAAAAACAUUGAAGAUUGUGGCUAUAAAGCGCCUACUCCAGUGCAGAUGCAGGCGAUACCGGUUCUGCUGGAGGGUCAUCCGCUGCAUGCCUGUGCCCCGACCGGGUCGGGGAAGACGGCCGCCUUCUUGAUUCCUAUAAUUCACCACCUGAAGAAGCCAAUGAAAUGCGGCUUCCGGGCGCUGGUGGUGUGCCCUACGAGAGAACUGGCGAAGCAGACACAGCGAGAAGCGCUCCGGUUAUGCGAGGAGAUUAAUUUGAGGACCCACGUGAUUACGAAAGUUGAUGAGACUACCACGGAUUAUGGGUUGGAAAGUAGGAAGCACUACGAUAUUUUGGUUACGACUCCGAACAGGAUCUGCUUCCUGGCAAACCGCGAGCCUCCGUUGAUAGAUUUAAGCAAUAUUCAGUACGUUGUUGUGGAUGAGGCGGAUAAGUUGUUUGAGGAGUCGAAGAACAGUUUCCGAGACCAAUUGGAUUCAAUUAUGAAUGCCUGCACAAAUCCUUGCAAGGUAGUGGCAUUUUUCAGUGCAACAAUCACGAAAGAAGUUACUGCCUGGGCCAGUGAAAAUAUGUCUAAUAGGGUGCGAUUUUCAGUUGGGGUAGCAAACAUGGCAGUGGAUUUGGUGGAGCAAGAGUUAUUGUUUGUUGGAAGCGAGAGUGGUAAGUUGUUGGCUUUCCGAGAGAUGGUUCACAAGGGAUUGACGCCGCCGGUUCUUGUUUUUGUGCAAAGCAAGGAUCGCGCCCAGCAAUUGUUUACGGAGUUGAUCUAUGACGGUUUGAAUGCGGAUGUGAUCCACGCUGAUCGGAGUCAAAGGGAGCGAGAUAAUGUGGUGCGGUCUUUCCGGGAGGGGAAGAUAUGGAUUUUGAUUUGUACAGAGCUAAUGAGUCGAGGAAUUGACUUUAAGGGGGUGAAUCUAGUGGUGAACUACGAUUUCCCUCCUUCCACGAUUAGCUACGUCCACAGAAUCGGUCGAACGGGACGUGCUGGCAGACGCGGUAAAGCGGUCACCUAUUUCACCAAGGAUGAUACGGUCAACCUGCGGAGCAUAGCCCAGCUGAUCAAGCAAUCGGGUGGAACUGUGCCGGAGUACAUGCUGAAGCUAAGGAAAAGUUCGAAACGGGAGAGGAAGAAGCUGGAACAGAAGGCACCCAAGCGGGCGGCCAUCCGAACGCUGCCGGCUUUCGAAAUGCAGGAGCGUGCCAAGAAAAGGAAGCUGAUCGCCAAAUCUAAAGCAAAGAAGAAGUUAGGAGAAGAUCGAGUUCACAACGGUCAUAGCCACAGCCACAACGGUCAGGGGAAGAAUCAUACACAAAAGAAGGCGAAGAAAGAGAUCAUACGAGGCCAGCCAAGCCAGCCAAGGAGCCCACGUUGUCUUUCUUCUUGUCUUUGAAUUAUAGUUGGAGCAUUUUCAACAACAGACUAGGGCCGAAGUGGCCUGCGCGGUAUAUAAGAGUCUUCUCCAUUCUGCUCGGUCCAUGGAUACACGUCGCCAACCACGCAGUCUACGGAGGGUCCGUAAGUUAUCUUCCACCUGAUCGAUCCACCUUGC